AUGCUACACAUAUUGGAAAAGAUUGGACAUACAGUUACUACAGUCUGCGACGCUCAUUUGAAGGAUAGAAUUGACAAAUAUUUCGACAAUAUUUUGGAAGAAAACUACGAUUCUUUUAUUGUGUACGCUAAAUGUGAUAAUGUAACUACUAAUUACUUCUAUAUCCACUUAAACAAUAACUCAUCUCUGGUUCGGCAGUUUUCUGAAAGGGUCAUCCAUCAAUUAGAAGCUGGUAAGUGUCAUUUGGAGCUCUAUCCUUAUAAUGUUGAUGGGUCAUUUAUGUGUUCGAUUGUUGACCUAGUAUUGAAUCUACAGAAAAAAGGUAAAGAUGUAACUUCCAUAGAACCUCUAUAUUCUCACACAUUUGCUUCAGAUUUAGAAUCAGAAUCAGAAUCAGAAUCAGAAUCAUCCUUGGACUCUGAGCAAAUACCGCCUACAGCUAAUAUAUUUGAAGGAUGUGAUUCCUUUGACAAAAUGAUGAAGUCUUGCGAUAGCUGUGAGCUAGUUGCUUCCUAUCAAAUUAAACGCAAGGAUUCAAAGUCUGUUGAUUUGAUUGCCUACGAUAAAAAAGACAUGCAAAUAGGUUUUGCAGCAAAUGUAGAACAUAUGUGUGUUGAACUGGACGAAGAACCAGUGCCAAAUGAAAUGGGUCAUAUCGAAACUGAUGCAUAUUUCGAAGAUUUACGCAAGGAUUUCGAUUUUUAUUUUAAGAAUCUAAAGCACGAUUCAAUCUUGGUAUAUUCAAGGAGCAAAUACUAUUAUUGCAUAAACUUCCUUUAUAUUCAUUUAAACCGAGAUUCUCCGCUAGUUGACAAUUUCAUUGAAAAGGUGGUUGAUGAAAUAAUGGUUGGGAAAUGGAAUCUAGACACCCCUCCUUAUAACAUUGAUGGAUCAUUUGUAUGUUCAGUUGUCGAUCUCGAAUUAAAUAAACGGAAAUAUGGUUUGAGCAUCGAAUCGAUAGAGCCAAUCUAUACUGCCGAUCAUCCCGACUUGAAUUUUGGACCAGUUGAAUCUUUCAAGAAGUUGCGUUAG